CGGAAGUCGGGGGCGCGCCCAGGAAGCGCCAGUGGGGCGCGCCGGGCUGGUGGUCGCCCUUCGAGCCAGAUUCAGCCGCCUGGAGGAGCCAUGUCUCCUGCAGCCUUGGGUGUCCCCUCUUGGUCCAGGCGCCUGCCUCUGCGCAAGAGGAGAUGCCGUUGGAAUUCCCUGUGAAUGCUGCCAGGAGGAACGUCAGAGCCACCCGCCGAAAAUUAUUCGAAAAAGAGAUAUGUAGGCUGGGGACCCGAGUCACUCCCCAGGAUGGACUUCCUGGUUCUCUUCCUGUUCUACUUGGCUGUAGUGCUGGUUGGUGGUGCCAUUAUCUGUGUCUGCUCCACAACCCAUUACCUGAAAGGCCUGGUCAGGGGAGGCACACAGAUAUUUUCCUAUGUAAUUCCAGAAUGCCUUCAGAGAGCGAUGCUAAGUUUGCUCCAUUACCUCUUUCACACACGAAACUACAUCUUCAUCAUCCUGCACCUCAUCUUGCAAGGGAUGGUUUAUACGGAAUACACCUGGGAAAUAUUUGCCUACUGCCGAGACCUGGACUUCUCCUUGUGUCUCCUCCUGCUGCCCUACGUGCUGCUCAUUGUAAACCUGACGUUUUUUGCCCUAAGUUCUGUGACCGAUCCUGGUACCAUAACAAAAGCAAAUGAAUCAUUACUUCUUCAAGUUUAUGAAUUUGAUGAGGUCAUGUUUCCAAAGAAUGUGAGGUGCUCUACUUGUGACUUACGGAAGCCAGCACGGUCCAAGCACUGCAGUGUGUGUAACCGGUGCGUGCACCGUUUUGACCAUCACUGUGUUUGGGUGAACAACUGCAUUGGGGCCUGGAAUGCCAGGUACUUCCUCACCUACCUCCUGACGCUGACCGCAUCAGCGGCUGCCAUGGCCAUUGUGAGCACCAUGUUUCUGGUCCAGGUGGUGGUGUUGUCUGACUUGUACCUGGAGACUUACAUCGACGACCUUGGAUACUCCCAAGUUAUUGACAUCUUCCUUCUUGUUCAGGGCACAUACAGGAACCAACCAGUGAAUGCGUAAAAUAUUCUGUCACCCAAAGAAGAAACCCAUACCUGUGAGCCGUCACUCCCCGUUCCAUUCUGUCCCCAGUCAUGGUAAACACUAGUCUGCUUUCUGUCUCUGUGGAUUUACCUCUUCUGGACACUUGUCAGUGGAAUCAUGCAGCGUGUGGCCUUUUGGACUGGCUCCUUUCACUGAGCAUACUGCUUCGGGUUCACCCGUGUUAUAGCAUGAACCAGUACUUCAUUUCCUGUUACGGCCGAAAAAUACUCUGUUGUGUGGAUAUGCCACAUUUUACUCCAUCAGUUGUGGGUGUUUGCACUUUGGUUUGUUUUUUUAAUAAAGCUGCUAUGAACAUUUGUGUACAGGUGUUUAUGUGGACAUAGGUUUUUAUUUCUCUUGAGUUACACUUAUGAGUAGAACUGCUGGGUCUUAUGGUAACUCUAUUUGUAAUCAUUUGAGGAACUGCCAGACUUUUCCAAGGCAGUUGCACCAGCACUGUGUAAAAGAUCCAGUUUCUCCACGUCCUCGCCAACUCUUGUUACAUUUUAUUAGUCCUUCUAGCCUUUACCUCCUUGAACCAGAGUCUACUUUAUUUUUAAGCAUCACAUUUGGAUUU